AUGGCCUCCUCCCAUAAGGAGCGGACAAUGGAGUCGCGCACGGGAAGAAGCAAGCAGCGUUACAACUCCAAAGGCGAGCGCUUGGUUGCUGGUGUUGUCCCCUUGACCAAGGACAAGCGCUACGUCCUCCUCAUCCAGUCUACCCGCCGGAAGGGCUGGGUGCUCCCCAAGGGCGGUUGGGAGACGGACGAAGAAUGCACCGAGGCGGCGGCACGUGAGGCCUGGGAAGAGGCUGGCAUCACCAUCCAGAUCGACUACGACCUGGGAGAUAUCGUUGAGACACGUGCACCGAAGCACUCGAGCAAGGACUCGGCCAAAGCCUUGUAUCGCUUCUACGAGGCCACCGUCACCACGCAAGAGGAUGACUGGCCCGAGAGACACAAGAGGGAGCGGAAAUGGAUGACAUACGAACAAGCCACAGAUGCUCUAGCAGCUCGGCCUGAGCUACUCGAGGCCUUGACUAGAUGCACCAUGAAGAAGUCAUGA